UUUUUCAAACAUCGCUGGUUAGCUUUCUUCCGGAGAAACCGAUGGCUAAGUGAAGCUGACUGGUGGGAGUCAGCGUUACGUACCACACGCGACGCGGCAGUUAUUGGCGGCUAAUUCCGACAGAAGCGACGGCUGACUGCAAUGGCUAGCUACUGUUUUAGCAAACAGCCACUUACUUACCACACUUACCCUCAUUUAGGAGACACAGAGCGGCAUGGGCGUCUCACUGCAUGCGGUGCAGUGAGUCGCCUCUCUCACUGCAUGCUGGAUGCUGCUGAAGGGCAUAUCUCCAGAACCCUGGUUCGUUGAUCUGAAUUGAUCAUAUUUCCAACAGCACGUAAAGGCAGCAUCACAUCCAGUUAUUCCAGUCACGCAUUUCCGCGACCAUACAACCACAUCUCCGACGGAACCGACAGAAAAAAGGCGGUCACAGCCCACCACACCCUUUCUACGACAUCUAUACACUUUCACCCAGCGGGCUGAUACAUCUGCAAUGUGCAUAAUUUACCCUAGAGUGCUGUCACUCACUGUGUCAACUGUGACCCAGUUAGGAUUUUCCCUUUCUCUAAAAAGCCACUAGAUGGCGCUGCAGAAUAGCAUUUCCAAAAUAAAAAUGCUGCAACACGUCUCUCAACACUGGAUCAACAUGGUAGGAAAGAACAAUUUAACGCAGGGAUCAUAGACGUUAAGAAAACGUGUAAUGUUAUUAUUUUAACUCAUUUAUUUGAUAAACGUCCACAUUUUCCGCAGGUAAUACAAUAGUUUAAUAUGUUACCAAGGGAUUAAUUUAAAAUCCAUCUUUACAAGAUUUCUGUGUGAUUAUUUUUUUAUCAUCAUCAAUUGGCAUUUUAUUUCUUCUCCUUACAGAUAUAUUUGAAUAAUCACGUCAAACUUAAUGAACCACGAUCCAAGAUCCAAAUAAAAAUCCAAAUUCUAAUGAAUGACUCGGCAUUUACUUACUACUAUAAAGUAACUAAGUUCCCUUCACGUGUUCAAGUCAGAUUUGUAGAAGGGAUUGGUGGAAAGAUAUGAAAAUAUUCUAAAUGAAGCUUAUCUUUGCUUUUUUUCCCUGAAGUGACCUGUAUACCGUCAAAUCAUCAUGAUGGACAUUAUCCAAUGCAUCAUUACUGAGUCCUGGCUGCAAAGGCUGCAUUGCCUAGAGAUCGCAGUAUAUUUAUAUGAAAGUGUGCCGCACAUAUUUCCACAAUUAUUAACAUUUUAUUCCCAAAGCUACAGCAGGAUGCAUCAUAAAACAUUGAGUUUGAGCGUUGUUUAAUUACAUUGCACUGUAGUUGUAUACUAAUAUCUAGAUCAUACCGCAACACGGUUUGAGACAAAGCACAGCAUGGUCCAGUUAUCAACGUGAAACCGCACCGUGGACUUACAGUUUGGGCAACACCGUCGCUCAGUGAACCGUUGUACAUUUUAACAUCCAGCUUUUGAAUGAUUGGUACAUUACAUGACACCCGACACGGUAGGUGCAUUACGGCUGAGACGUGUGGGAUUUCGUAAACUUUACAUCCAAGCUCAGAUUUAUUCCCAACACAGCCUCUUGAUCAAACUUUUAUCCUCCCACAGAAACACGGACGCAGUCUUCAUUGGUGCUCCUGAAUCCUGCAGAGCAGUGGAGCUAUCGGGUGUCAAUCUCAGUGGGGGAGAGAGCGAGAGAGAGAGAGACAUGGGAUGCUGAUGACUGACCCUCACUGAGAGGAUGCUAUCGAUCACGCUGGCAAAUGCUCUCCCCUCCAGUUUGAUGAACAUGCUGAUGUGCGCAAUUAGACUCUUCUCUUCUCCUCAUAGGCUUGUCGGCCAAGGUAAUGUGAGCAGCGGCUGCAGCACUGCAUGGGAAAGCCGAGUCAUCAAUGCAGAACUCCUCAGCGCUGUUCGGGAUGGUCAGCCACUGUCAGACCCCAACUUUCGCGGACUUUGUGUACGGCGGCAAGGCGGACAUCUGCGCGCGACGAACCGGGAACGGUGGUUUUGGAUCUCAGAUUUGCCGGAGCCCCCAUGACGCCCCGACUCACAUGAACUGCGCCAGCCCGAAGCGAUUCAGCGCGUCCGAGCAGAAAGCGCAUCUGUCAGCCAAAACUCCACGGUCGUGCUUCCCUCUCCCACCAAUGCAAGUGAAUGGUGCCUACUGCUCUGAGAAAGAUGUAGACGCUGAGCUGGGUGACGUUGAGGGCACCCUGAUGCGAUGUGGGCAGAGCCUGCCACUGCCGGUGGGGGGUCAUUCAGGGGGGCUUUACCCCCAGAGCCUCCACUGCGACAGACCUAUCACCGACCUCCUUCUGCAGGACGGCCCUCACCAAGAUACCAGAUCCUCCACUGCCUUCCAGAGGACCCUGACGGGGGCCUCACCUGGCCUGGUCUGCGGCGGUGCCAGCGGUGUUCGUUCUUCUCUCCCUUAUCUAAUCAAACAGGAGAACUUGAUGGGCUAUAAGAUCUCCAGCACAGGGUCUGGGGUCCCUAGCACAUCACAGGCCGGGUUUCAGAACUGUAGAGCAGGCCAAGUUUUGGGGGUGCCAAGGGACGAGACAAUUGGAGCUCCACAUGUUAGCAACAACGGUAGCGGCACAGCAGGCGGUGUAGGCAGUGUUGUGUCAAGGGAUGCGGUGCAACCGUUUAAUAAUGAAGAUGGCUCCUCCCCGCUGGCUUUGUCCCCUACUGACUCCCAUCAUUCAGCGCGGCUGCUCAGUGCUAGCAGUCUGAAGAGACGCUGCCUGUCCCUGGCCUCGCAGUCCACAGCCACUGCUGGCACAAACAGCGUCGCUGCCACAGGUUCCCCAUCAGCUACUGGCGCUGCUUCCGAAGAGAUCAAUAUCACCGCCAUCAUCUGCUCCUCCUCCCAGAUGUCGAUGGUGGCCUGCGUCAACGGGUUCCACACUAACCUCUCACCCAGCCACACCAGCAGUGCCGGUUUCUCCUCCUCUUCCUCCUCCUCUUCGACGUCCCCACCCUCUAACUCCUGCUCACGGGAAGCUCUCCAGAGGCCCCCACCUCACGGCAGCCCCCAGCAAGCCAAGGUACAGGAGAGCUGUAAGCUGUCCUCACCUGCCACCUGUCUGCUGUCCCUUUCCUCCUCCUCCUCCACGUCCUCCUCUUCAGUGUCAUCAGUAGAGCCGGAGCAGGGCCAGGGGCAGAGCCAGGGACUGUGUGAGGAGCAGGGCUCCAUGCUGCAGGGGCGCGGGGCUGGGGGAACAGCCGGGGGAGGAGUGGGAGGAGGAGGAGGAGGAGGCUCAGACGGGCUGGGGCUACUGAUGAGUGGGGCCUUGAUGUCUGGGACGCUGCAUUCGGGGCCUGAAGAUGGGGCUCUCCUGGACGGGAGCCAAAGACCGGGGGCUGCCCUCAAGCAGGAGCCCCUCGAUGACUUCUCUCCCAGUGAAGACGAACUCUUUCAGCACCACUAUCAUCAUCACCAUCACUUGAGUGGUCGUAGUGGGCACCUUCGUCACCCUCACCACCCCCCUCGACCUGCCAUGCCUCCACCCUACCACCUACACCAAUACAUGGGGUCCAGCCCUGGGGGCCUGCUGCACCACCAGAGCCAGCAAACAGCACCAGCCUCUUCCCUGGGACACAAACAGACCUCUGGAGGCCCACCCGGGUCCCAUACAGCCCCAGAGCAGGAAGAAGUCAUUGGAGGAACACUGGGCGAUAAGCAGGUCUGUCGCUGGAUUGACUGCAGUGCUGCGUACGAGCAGCAGGAGGAGCUUGUGAGGCAUAUUGAGAAGGUCCACAUCGAUCAGCGCAAAGGUGAGGACUUCACCUGUUUCUGGGCUGGCUGCAUUCGCCGCUACAAGCCGUUCAACGCUCGCUACAAGCUGCUCAUUCACAUGAGGGUCCACUCUGGAGAGAAACCUAACAAGUGUAUGUUCGAGGGCUGUAACAAAGCGUUUUCACGUCUGGAGAACCUGAAGAUCCACCUGAGGAGCCACACAGGAGAGAAGCCGUACCUGUGCCAGCACCCAGGCUGCCAGAAAGCUUUCAGCAACUCCAGCGACCGUGCCAAGCAUCAGCGCACUCACCUGGACACGAAACCGUAUGCAUGUCAGAUCCCCGGCUGUACCAAGCGAUACACAGAUCCCAGCUCCCUACGCAAACAUGUCAAGAUCCACUCGGCCAAAGAGCAACAGGUGCGUAGAAAGCUUCGGCCCUGCCCUCACCUAGAGCAGGACGUCCUGAAUGACUGUUUGUCCAUGCAGCACCUUCAGAGCUCCACCUCCUCGCAGCACCACUACAACGGCAAAGAUGGUCGUUCUCCUGGACUGGGCCAAGACAUCUUCACAGGCCUGUACACUGGCUCCAGCACCCCUCAUCACAGCGCCUCAGUGGAGCUCCUCUCCCCCAACCCCAACCCCACCUCUGCCACUGACCUGCCCUCCCGACAACACAGACUAGACCGAGACCUCGGUAGCCCUCAUCACCUGUCCCCACUGACCGCCAUGGACGGCACGAGAGACGGGGUGUCAGGUCCCCUCCUGUCUCCUGGGAUGAAGGGAACAGGGACGUCGUCUCCUCCUCCACCUCCUCCUCCUCCGCCACCUCCUCCUCUGGAGAAACAGCAUGUUCACCCUCACCAGAAGCCCUACUCUCACUAUCACCAUCACCAGUCUGCCAACGACGAAUACCAAGGCAGCUUUCAGAGCUGCUUCCAUUUCGGAGACUCCUACAGGAUGGAGCAGACGGUCGGUGGUGUCCACAUCCCAGGAGAUUCUCACACCUACACUUCCCAUCAGCACAAUGGCUUCCACAUGUCGACUAGCAACACUGGCUCUGCAGGCUUCAGCUUGACCCAGGAGCUGCAAGGAAACGCAGGGUGCCAGUUCUCCUCGAGCCCAGAGGAGAGCAUUUUCUUCCAGGUGGGCAGCUUCGACCGCAGCCUGAGCCACAUGUCCUCCGUCUACACAGAGACAUAGAGCAACACUGGAGCAAGGCACGCUUCACCCACUUUACUACUACUACUGCUCUACAGUCCAACCCCCUCCACAAGCAUCAUCGCACGCUCACAUCUCUAAUUCCUGUUUUUUUUAUCGGUCACACAGUAAAUCAAACUCAAUUAUACAUUAAGUCAGUUUGGACUACUUGCCCUACACUCCCUGAAAUUUCACCUGUCUAAUCCAGUUUUGUAAGUAGGUCAGAAUCCCCAAUUUCUGAUUCUGUUAAAGGGACACUCCACUGAUUUUACUCAUUAAGAUCAGCUAACUCGUCCUACAGGAGCACCACGCAGCCUGUAAAACACAUGUGAAAUGUUUUCUGUGGCUGUGAAAGCAGCUUUUAAAUAUGUGGACAUUCACUCUGCAGGGUUGAUAUUCACAAAGACACUGCAGUGUGAGAAUUGUAGGAUCAGAGACUAAAGUCAGGAUAUCUUGACCUGUGCUGGAUCAGUUUUGUCCACUCUGUUUUUUUUUUUUUUAAUCUGUCUCUUGCAAGUCCCCUAAUGUAAUGAAAGUACAAUGCUAAAUCACUGGAAGGCUCCUGUAAUUAUCCUGAGACCUUUCAGAUUCGUCCUGUGAUUUGUUCUGUUUGCAACUGUUGCAAUUUUUACUAAAUUUAAAUGAAGAAAUGACACAAGUCAAAGAAAUUACUUGGAAGUCUCCUUUUCUUAUUAGUCAAGUUUUUAAAACAUCUUCCAAUCGAUAUCCAACAUAAGCAACAUAAGCUUUUGUUAUUAGAUUCAGAACCACAUUUACUGGCCAAGAACUCAUCAUGUACAGAGAAUUUCACUUGGUUACAUCGGUGCUAAGAUUUGCACACUUUCAGUACAAUCAGACAGAGCUUACACAUGCAGUUUUUUCAGCUUUAAUAUAUAAACUUCAGACACUACAAAACUCCUGAAUAGACUUUAAAUAAAAUGUUCUCUCCCUCCUCUGAUGUUUUUGUUUCUCUAAUCUACAUCUUUCAAUCUAUUAUAGACUGGAGUGUAGAGAAGAAUAUAUCAUUUUGCUGUGUUGUUUUAGCAGUGGAAAAAAAAGUUUGCAUUCCUGCAUUUUGUUGUUAAGUGUUGUUUUUGCUUUUGGAUUUAUUUCCUGAGGAGGGUCUGAGCGCAUUAAUUCUGCGAUUACGCAGAGAAACCAACCUACUUUAUUAUUGUAUGUAUAAAAUGUACAGUUUGUUUACAACAAUCAUUUGAAUGUUUGUCCUUUCUCAAUUUAAGAAAUAAAUAAUUGAAUGAUCAAUCAA